AUACGUACUCAAUUUUGGAAGAUAUGUAGAAAAGGUCGGCCAGGCCAGGGUACUCCAUGCAUCUAUAUAUUUGAGCCAUUGAAUUGAUUAUAUCUAUGAUAUUGUAGCUAGCGGUGGGUAGAAAAAGAAAGGAAAGGCCAGGAAUGGCGUACCGGCCCGCCAUUAUAUGUAUAUAUGUGUGAAUGGACGAAUGAAAUGGGGUGGGAAUAAAGCUAGCUCGCGAAUUGAAGAUGGGAAAGAGGGUUGAAGAAAUGCGAUUGAUAGGAGGGUUGAUAGGGGUGCAAUUUCUGUAUGCAGGAAACUCGGUGGUGCUCAGCUACCUCAUGCUUUUAGGCUUCCACCCCUCCUCUCUCAUCAUCCUCUCCACCUUUGCCACUUUUCUGGUUCUUGCUCCCCUCUCCUUCCUUCUUGAAAGCCACCAAUGGCCUCAACGGCUGCCUAUCAAACUAUGGAUUCAACUUAUAUUGAUCUCUUUUGGGGGGGUGACAUUGUUCCAAUCUCUGCAAAUGAAGGGUAUCCAUCUCACCUCACCAGCAAUUGCCACGGCCAUGCCCAAUCUCGCCCCGGGUCUUAUCUUUUUCAUCGCAUGGGCUUUCAGGUUAGAGAAGGUGAAGCUCAGUAGCAAGUAUAGCAGAGCCAAAAUUGUGGGAACAAUAUUUUGUGUUAUGGGUGCUGCACUGAUGAGCUUUAUGCAAGGAAGCUCCCACACCCACACAUCAUCAUCAAGCUCGUGUCACCUUGAUAAGAUCACAGGUUCCGUCUAUCUACUCACUGGCGUUUUCACCCUAUCAAGUGUCAUUGUUUUGCAGGCUGCAACAUUGGGAGAUUUUCCUUCACCGAUCACUAUAUCUGCAAUAACAUCACUGAUGGGCAUGGUUUUCACAAUAAUAGUCCAGUUGAUUCAAGACCACAAAUUAGAGAUCGGUUUGUCUAACACAAACAUCCAAAAUCUUCUGGGUUACUCUUUACUGGCAGGGUGCAUAAGUGGGGCCUCAACAAGCUUCAAUGCAUGGGCAAUGAAGAAAAGAGGGCCAGUAAUGGUGGCUGUUUUCGGUCCGGUUGGAACUGUCAUUUCCAUUAUACUCUCUGUGAUCACUUUAGGAGACUCCAUUACUCUAGGAAGCCUUGCAGGCAUGUUCCUCAUGUUCACCGGCCUCUACUUUGUUCUUUGGGCUAAAGGAAAUGAGGUUUUUGAUAAUUAUCCUAAUGAGUACGACGUGGAGAAACCGCUCUUAUCCUGAUCGAUAUUAGUAUAUGUAAAAGUACGUGAGUUAUACGUACGUACGUAGUAUUUUUUGUGAUUAUUUAAUUAGCGAAUGUGUAUAUAUACUACUACUCCGUAUUAACUAUAUAUGAUGUAUGUUAACAGUAAGAACAAGUAGCGUAAUAUACUUAUA